AUGGGGAACGACCAGAGUAUCGAAGCAGAAAGAAGCAGACUUGAAUCUCAAAUAUCGAAUUUACAUUGUGAUUUGUCGAGGGUCCGAACAGAAAAAGGAAACCUUGAAUCUCAAAAUGUGAAGUUAAAGGAUGAAUUGUCUCUCACAAAAGAGAAGCUGGAGGAAACUGCAAAGAAAUUUGAAGGGCUUGAACUUGAUCACAAGAAAUUGCAAAAGCAGGGGGCCGAAGCAGAAAAGAGAUGUAAUACUGAGCUUAAAGCAUUGCAAGAGGCAUUGCAAGCUCACGAAUUGAAGAGCAAGGAGCAUGUUAAGGUUAAGGUGGCAUUUGACAGACUUAGCCUCGAGUUUGAAAGCUCAAAGAAAAAGAUGGGAGAGCUUGAGAAAGAGCUGCUGACUUCUGCGAGUGAGGCCCGCAAGUUUGAGGAGUUGCACAAACAAAGUAGCUCACUUGCAGAAUCAGAGACAAAGAGGGCCUUGGAUUUUGAGAAGAAACUUGCAUCAAAAGAAGCUCUUAUAGAUGAAUUAAACCAAGAGCUGGGCAUGAGAAAAGCUUCUGAAUCUCAGUUAAAGGAGGAUAUUUCGGCUCUUGAGCUUCUAUUAUCAUCCAGUAAAGAAGAUCUUCGGGCUAAGUUAUCUGAGGUGGAAGACAUAAAGUUGAAGCUUCAGAAGGAAGUAGGUUUAAAGGAAGAUAUUGAAGCUAAACUGAAAAGUCAGGAAACACAACUCUCAGUGUCGCAGGAAGAGCUGGCCAAACUAUCUACCGAGAAAGGAGCUCUUGAAGCUGCUGCAGCCGACAGCUCAGAUGAGAAAUUCUGGAAUGCAGAUUCUCUUCUUUCUCAAGCUUUAGCAAACAGUGCGGAGCUGGAACAGAAGCUGAAAUCAUUGGAAGAGCUUUACCGUGAAUCUGCAUAUGCCGUAACUACAGCUAACCAGAAAAAUGUUGAGCUUGAGGACAUGCUAAAAAUCUCCAAUACUGCUAUAGAAGAAGCAAAAUCGCAGUUUAAAGAAAUGGAGAAUCACCGUGCCGCAGCUGAAGAAAGGAAUGUGGAGUUAGAACAGCAAAUAAUUCUGGCGGAACUGAAAAGCAAUGAUACGAAGAGGGAACUAGAGGAGUUCUCGGGGAAAGUUUCUGAACUAAAUGCCACCCUUCAGAAGACCCUGGAAGCAAGAAAAAGAUGGGAGAGCUUGAGAAGAUUGCAGGAGUACGAGGAGAAGAUAGCUCAUUUGGAUUCUGAGUUGGUCAAAUCAACUGGUCGUAAUUCAGAACUUGAAGCGGAGCUUAAAAGUGUUGCUGACAAGUGUGCUGAGCAUGAAGGUCGGGCCAACACCACUCAUCAACGCAACCGUGAAUUAGAGGAAACGAGCAAAAAGGUGAGUGAUUUGGAGCUAUUGCUCGAAACAGAGAAAUAUAGAAUUCAGGGGCUUGAAGAACAAAUAAGCACAUUACAGAAGAAAUGUGUGGCGGCAGAAGCAGAAUCAAAGAAGCACUCUGACAGGGUAUCUGAGCUUGAAGCAGAAGUAGAGACAUUCCAAACAAAAUCAUCAAGCCUUGAGGUUGCGUUGGCGGAGACCAAGGAGAAGGAGAAGGAAUUGAGUCAAUGCCUGAACAGUGUGACAGGGGAGAAGAGUAACUUAGAGGAUGUGAACAGGAAUUCAACUGAAAAACUAGCUGAAACAGGAAACUUGCAUGAGGUCCUGCGUAAUGAAUUGAAUGCCACACAACAGAAACUGGAAGGUAUUGAGAACGAUCUUAAUGCUGCUGGAUUGAGAGAGAGUGAGGUGAUGGAGAAGCUCAAAUCAGCAGAAGAGCAGCUAGAGCAACAAGGAAAUCUUUUGGAGCAAGCAACAGCUCGAAGCAUAGAGCUUGAGUCAUUGUAUGACACUCUGAAAAGGGAUUCCGAGCUCAAACUCGAAGAAGCAACUGGCAAAUUUUUUACCGGAGAUUCAGAGGCACAAACAUUGAAUGAGAAACUGAAGGCUCUUGAAGAUCAGCUAAAGAGUUACGAGGGGCAGAUUGGUAUAUCUGCUGAAAGCUUUUCAGCUGUUAAGGAAGAACUGGAUCAGAUGUUGGUGAAGCUGGCUUCAUCUGAAACUGACAAUGAGGACCUGAAAAAGAAAAAAUUGGAGGCAGAAGAUAAAGCUGCAGAUGUUUUAUCUGAAAACCAACAAUUGAUGGACACAAAUAUGCUUCUAAAGAACAGGGUGAGUGAUCUUGAAGAACUGUUAAACUCAGCCCAUGCAGAAAAGGAGGCCAGUGUUCAACAACUAGUUUCUCAUAUGAACACUAUCACAGAACUGUCAGAUCAGCAUUCCAGAGCCUCUGAACUUCAAUCGGCAACUGAAGCCCGCAUAUCAGAAACGGAGGCAAAGCUGCAGGAAGCCAUUCAAAAGUUCACCAACAAAGAGUCUGAAGGUAAAGAGUUAAUGGCUAAGCUACACUCUCUUGAAGCUCUGGUGAAAACAUAUGAAGAGCAGGCUCAUGAAACCGCUACUCUGGCUGAAACUCAAAAAGUGGAGCUAGAGCAAAGCCGUAAGAAUUUGAGUGGGCUUGAAGGCGUUGUUGAAGAGCUGAAAGGGAAGUGUACCGAACUUAAAAAGGAGAAAGAAGGACUAACUCAAGAGAACUCGGAGCUAAAGGGAGAAGUGGCCUCAAUUGGGUCUAAACUCAAAGAUUUAGAAGCCAAAGUGUCAGCUGUAUCUGCCGAGAAGAAUGAAGCAGUUGAAGAGCUUAAAUCCUCAAACCAGGUUAUAGACAACUUAAAAAAACAGCUUAGUUCUGAAGGACAGAAGCUACAAAUUCAGUUAUCAUCCAUUAAGGAGGAAAAUAACUUGCUCAAUGAAACACAUCAAGCCUCUAAAAAGGAACUGCAAAGUUUCAUAGCACAUCUUGAAGAACAAUUGAAAGAAAUCAAGUCAAGUGAAGAUUCUCUGAAGAGUCAAUUAGAAGUUUUCCAGGCUGAGAUUCAUCAGAAGUCUGAAUUGCAAAGCCGCAUCAAGGAGCUUGAAGAUCACUUAGCUAGUGCUGAGGCGCAAGUGAAAAAAGCGAAAGAGGCUCUGUCCAAUAAGAGGAUGGAGCAGGAGGCAACUUUGAAGAGUUCAUCAGAGAAGCUGCAAGCCAAAAGCAAGGAAGUACUAGUUCUACAAAACCAAGUCAAGGAACUUGAGGAGAAAUUGCAGCAGGCUGAUGCUAUCAAGCAGAAGGAUAUUGGUGGCAGUAGUAGUGAUCAAAAGGAUGACGUAGUAGAGGUGAAAUCUAGGGACAUAGACAUUGGACAUCUGCUCUCUACUCCAACGAAGCCAAAGAGCAAGAAGAAAUCGGAAGUCACUACAACUCAACCAUCCUCCAGUGAAUCACAAGUUCAACACGUCGAAGGUUCUGCUGCCAUUCCCCUGAAAUUUAUUUUGGGGGUUGCUCUAGUUUCGGGGAUCCUGGGAAUAAUUCUUGGUGUUAGGGAAUAUUUUGCACAUAUGUAGAGGAUCUACAGGAUAUUAGCAUUGACUAUAAUAUAUCUUAAUUGAUUGUAUGUAUCCUAGGAUUUAUUACAUUUCCAUUCUUGUAUUGUAUUGUUAUCGUGGUUGUAUUAUAAAUAUAUGAACCAACUGGUGUUGGAUUAUCACACCAGAACAUAUUCAAUUUGGUA